GCGCUAAAUAAUACCAGCGGCGGCGGGCAAAACUUCAGUCAUUCUUGAAAAAUCGAAGGUGUAGUGUCUGUAUUAGAAAUUGUGUUUUCCACUUUAUUGUAACGUGGCUGUGAAUUUCAUCAAUCGGAGUAGAUUUCUUAGAUCGUGUAAUUAAUUGGUGCUUACUGCAUGAGAGCCAAGAUGCGGUGGAGUCUAGUGACGCUGGUUUGCGUGCUCGCGGCCGUGUGCGCCGACGAGAAGAAGGAAAAGGACAAGGACAUCGGCACCGUCAUCGGUAUCGACUUGGGAACCACUUACUCUUGUGUUGGUGUGUACAAAAAUGGAAGAGUUGAAAUCAUUGCCAACGACCAAGGAAACCGUAUCACCCCCUCAUACGUGGCCUUCACUGCUGACGGCGAGCGACUCAUUGGAGACGCCGCUAAGAACCAGCUGACCACCAACCCCGAGAACACCGUGUUCGACGCCAAGCGACUGAUCGGGCGCGAGUGGAGCGACGCCACCGUGCAGCACGACGUCAAGUUCUUCCCCUUCGAUGUCGUCGAGAAGAACAGCAAGCCUCAUGUGUCUGUCCAGACCGCCCAGGGCAAGAAGGUGUUCGCCCCCGAGGAGAUCUCCGCCAUGGUGCUCACCAAGAUGAAGGAGACCGCUGAGGCCUACCUCGGCAAGAAGGUCACCCACGCCGUCGUCACGGUCCCCGCCUACUUCAACGACGCUCAGCGUCAGGCCACCAAGGACGCCGGAGUCAUCGCCGGCCUCAACGUCAUGAGGAUCAUCAACGAGCCCACCGCCGCCGCCAUCGCCUACGGACUCGACAAGAAGGAGGGCGAGAAGAACGUGCUCGUGUUCGACUUGGGAGGCGGUACCUUCGACGUUUCGCUACUCACCAUCGACAACGGAGUGUUUGAGGUGGUCGCCACCAACGGAGACACCCACCUGGGAGGAGAGGACUUCGACCAGCGCGUCAUGGAGCACUUCAUCAAGCUGUACAAGAAGAAGAAGGGCAAGGACAUCCGCAAGGACAACCGCGCCGUGCAGAAGCUUCGUCGCGAGGUCGAGAAGGCCAAGCGCGCCCUGUCCUCCAGCCACCAGGUCAAGAUCGAGAUCGAGUCGUUCUUCGAGGGUGAUGACUUUUCCGAGACCCUCACCAGGGCCAAGUUCGAGGAACUGAACAUGGACCUGUUCCGCUCCACGCUGAAGCCUGUGCAGAAGGUGCUCGAGGACGCCGACAUGAACAAGAAGGACGUGGACGAGAUCGUGCUGGUGGGAGGCUCCACCAGGAUCCCCAAGGUGCAGCAGCUGGUGAAGGAGUUCUUCAACGGCAAGGAGCCGUCGCGCGGCAUCAACCCCGACGAGGCGGUGGCGUACGGCGCGGCCGUGCAGGCCGGCGUGCUGUCGGGCGAGCAGGACACGGACGCCAUCGUGCUGCUGGACGUUAACCCGCUCACUAUGGGCAUCGAGACCGUCGGCGGCGUCAUGACCAAGCUCAUCCCGCGCAACACCGUCAUCCCCACCAAGAAGUCGCAGAUCUUCUCCACCGCCAGCGACAACCAGCACACCGUCACCAUCCAGGUGUACGAGGGCGAGCGGCCCAUGACCAAGGACAACCACCUGCUGGGCAAGUUCGACCUGACCGGCAUCCCGCCCGCGCCGCGCGGCAUCCCGCAGAUCGAGGUCACCUUCGAGAUCGACGCCAACGGCAUCCUGCAGGUGUCGGCCGAGGACAAGGGCACCGGCAACCGCGAGAAGAUCGUCAUCACCAACGACCAGAACCGCCUCACGCCCGAGGACAUCGAGCGCAUGAUCAAGGACGCGGAGAAGUUCGCCGACGACGACAAGAAGCUGAAGGAGCGCGUGGAGGCGCGCAACGAGCUCGAGAGCUACACGUACUCCAUCAAGAACCAGCUGCAGGACAAAGAGAAGCUCGGCGCCAAGCUCAGCGACGACGAGAAGACCAAGAUGGAGGAGGCCAUCGACGCCGCCAUCAAGUGGCUGGAGGACAACCAGGACGUGGACGCCGAGGAGUACAAGAAGCAGAAGAAGUCGGUGGAGGACGUGGUGCAGCCCAUCAUCGCCAAGCUGUACCAGGGGCAGCCCGGCGCGCCGCCGCCCGCCGGCGAGCCCGACGACGACUUCAAGGACGAGUUGUAACCAAACAGACUGUAAAAACUGUGUGAUCGUAACCAGCAGAUCUCUUCGGGACGUACCGCGCCCCACUAGGUAGCAUGGAUACGUUUUGUUUUAGUCGUGUUGUGUAUAUUUAUUGUAUGAGUGUGUGCGUGUGGCGCGUGACGCGGCGCUGACGUCACAGCCGCGUUGGGCUAGCUGGGGCCGACGUGGGCCGCGGCCGGUGAGGUCCCGAUGAGAUCGCGGGCCGCCGCGUCGCGCGAGUGCGAGAGAGACGCCUGCAUGUCUGUACUGUACUCAGUUAUUGUAUAAAAUUGAUGCAUUUCUAGGUUCAUAUUUAGAAUUUCAAUAGUAUCGUGUGAAUGUGGAAUGUGCAAGUUGAUUGUCUUCCGGCGAUGGAAGACUUGUCUCGGUCCCGGCGACUGCCUCGGAGUUCUUGUAAUUAUUUGUGAGACUGCAAAUGUUAGCUCUUAAUUAGCAGAAUUAAUUAAUAGUAAUUUAAUAACUUUCAAUUGAGAAUCGGAGGAGUACAUGAAUAAAACAAUUUUUCUAAGAUGAA